GUAUUCAUAUGUUAUUAGGACCUAACUGAAAGAAGAAUUAAACAAAACGUAGUAACAAUACUAACCAGGAAGUGUCAAGAAAUAUAAAUCAGCCAUUGGUAAUAUGUUUUUGACAUGAAAUGACUUCUAAAUAAAACAUCAUCAUGAUAAUGCCAAUAAUAAGGGCAUUCAUAUGGAUGAUGAUACUGCAAAACCAUCCAUCGAUAGGAUUUCCACCAGAUGCCUUAACCGGAAGUGCCUCAUAUACUAAACACCAUGCAGAAAUAACACGUGUUGCCAUUCGGAUUGCUGUUGGUAGAUAUAUAAAGGAUAACAACUUGACAGUGAUAGAUGAUACAACCGAUGUAAUUGACGCAGUGAAUACAUUCUUCGGAAAUGAUUCAGAUGGAUAUGAGAAAUUCAUUGAAAAGGAAACUGAUAUAAUAGAAAAUGUAAAGGAUCAGGAAAAGUCGAAAGAAGCUCAUAUUCACUGCAAUUCUGAACAGAUUGAAUUGGCUCACAACCAUGUUAUAAAACUGAGAAAACAAAUUGAGACGUUUGCACAAAGUACGGAACCAGAUCUUUCUUUGAUACGCAAAAUGAUUGGAAAGUGUAUUUACACAAUACAAGCUUUUUACAGCGGAACUAAUUGGGUUGAAAUGAAUGGGGGGAAUAUUUACAAAGAUUUCGGUGUUCAAAAUAAGGCUUUAAUGACUGUUGCGGGCACAUCGGUGGACACUUGCCAAGAUUGUGACAAUUCUGGGACUAAUGAUAACUCCUGCGAAAACAAUUUGUUGGUGACUGAUCUGUUAACUAGUGGAUACCAGACAGGACAGGAUGUUCAACCUCCAUAUAAAACGAAUGACAACUUUAAUCAGGGAAAGUGUGGAUUUGGAGGCAGUACUGACACAGAAAAUGGUUAUCGAACUGCAAAAGGUGGAAUAAACAAAGAUAGAUUAGACCCUAAGUACUCACCUCAUCACCAUCUACAUUAUGAAGCAUUUAUUGCUGCACGAAAGGCAACAGAACAAUUUCUAGUAGAUCAAGAUAUAGGUAUCAUAAACGAGUUGAAUGUAGACACAUUUGCACAGGUAUUUGGUUUGGUUAAGCGAUACCAGGCGUCAUUUGGCUUUGUGAUAGACGACACUGGCUCUAUGGGGGACGAAAUUGAAGAAGUUCGAAAGGCAUGCAUAGACAUUAUAACUAAUGUUUAUGGUACUCCAAAUGCGCCAUCCAAUUACAUUUUAGUUACGUUCAACGACCCAGUGAAGCAUAUUCAUCGCCUAACGACCAAAAACGGACUAGAAAUGAUAAGUGCACUUGGUAAUCUGAGUGUAGUUGGAGGCGACGACUGUCCAGAGUAUGCAAUGAGUGGAUUAGAGAAAGCUAUUGACUUAUGCCAAGAACAAUCCACUAUAUUCUUCUAUACUGAUGCUCCAGCAAAAGACGAAGCAGAGAAUAAGACUGUUAUAGAUGCUGCAAAAGAGAAAAAUGUUGAUCUUCGACUUUUCUUGCAGAAUGAUAUGUGUGAUGCCCUUCGAAAGAAAAGAGCUACUGGUCGAACAAAGCGUGAUGUGGGAUCAGAUGUAUAUUCUCUAGUGGCAGAAGGAACAGGAGGUGCAGUUUACAGAUUUGAUACAGCGGAACUGGGUGAAAUGAUGAAACAGAUAAGUGAGGAGCUUUUUCCAUCAGCAACUGCAAUUGUGGACAUGUUCGAGCUCAAGGAAGAUGACGAUAAUUCUAUUUCGUUUCCAGUCGAUUCAAUGUUAAAUAAUAUUAAAAUCACAGUGGUUGGUGCUACUUCUGCUGCUGAUGUUGAUGUUGAAUCUCCAUUUGGAUCUGUACUGAUAGAUGAUAGUACCAGUGUGUAUUUUGAAAGCCCAGAUGAAGUAGUUGUUACUGUUUCGAAUCCAACUUCUGGUAUAUACAGGUUAAUAAGAACAGGAAACAACUAUUGGAGUGUUAAUAUAACAGCUCAAACUUCUGUAGAUUUUCACUAUCUUAUAACAGAAGAAGCAGAAGAUGGCUACUUAUAUAGAAUAUCGGGAAAUCCAAUCGUAGGCGAAAGAUAUACAUUAUAUUUUAAUGUUUACAACCUACCUGUUGGUAUGGACGCAUCAGCCGUGCGUUUGACAACGAAUGAUUUAGCAACAAGCUAUUUAAAUCUAACACAGAUGGCUGGGGAUUUUGGAACCACAUAUUUCGUUUCAACGACUCUGUCUUCAGAUCUUUACGAGAUAAGUAUUUAUGGAACAGAAAACAGUGGAAAUACAUGGAUGAGGACCUCACCUCAUUUGAUAUCUCCGACCACCGUUAGACUCAAGUUGAUUUCAACACCAGAUCUAUAUGUGAACACUGUUGGUACCGUAUCCUACACUGUAGAAAACAAAGGAUCAGAGAAUGAAACCUUUGUUAUGGAUGUAUCAGAUGACAGAGGAUUACUGACCGGCCAGACAAGUUUUACACAAUUAAUAAGUAGCAACGGUUCUACAGAAAUAAUAUUUCAAAUACAGGGAUCUAGCCUAUAUAAUACAGUGACGUACUCUACUACAGUUCGUAAACACGGAUCAGCUAGUAUUAUUUUGAGGGAAAGUCAAACACUAUAUAUUAGUCAAGAUAUUCCACCAUCCUGUUCGGUUCAAGCAUUGGUCGAAAUAUGUGAUGACUUGGGUAACACUUCGUGUUCAGCAGUUACAUGGGAUGCACAGGCAACAAUAACAUUUGCAUCUGAGCUGUCAUCUAUUGCUGGAUCAAAAGGAUUGAUUUUUGUUACUAGCAGUGUAAAUUUAUCCCCGAUAAAUAUAAAUGUCAGUGGAGAUUGCUGCACUCCAUCAGCAUACCUUACAGUAAUUGAUAAAAGUAGCAACUUUGCCAGAUGCCAUUUUUAUCUCGGUGACAUUAAAUAUGUAGAGAAAUCGGAACCAGUGUUGUCAACAGCGGAGCAGAUUGCUAUAGGUGUUAUUGCCGGUAUUGUUGCAAGUUGUUUAUUUGCAUUGUUGAUAAUUGGAAUAAUUGUAUAUCGAAAAGCAAUUAAACCUACAUUAGAGGACAGUAAAAUCAACCCGAUUAAAGCAAAGGGUAAUUCAUAUCCAGAGAAACAGAUGCAAGAUGUUUUUGAUGAUUUUUGCGAUGUGUCAAACAGACCGCCAAUUGCAACAACAUUACAACAACCUUUAGAACUUGAGGAUCUCGAUCUAGAAUAGACUUGGAAAGAUUUUACUUUAUAUCAAUUUUGGUUAUGACAUCUUUGUUUUCAUUAAACAAGUUUUUUUUUACUUUAAAAUCAUACUUUUUCAUGUUUUUGGAAUUAAUCAGUUUGAAAAAAACAAGAUAUACAUUGGUAUUUUUUUUGUUUAUAUAAAUUGUGUGACUAUCGUGACUUUGAAGAAUAUAUUUUGUUGUUCUUUUUAAGAUGAAUAUUCAAGAAUAAACACCUGACAUUGUUUUUUUAAUUAGA